AUGCAACAGAUCAUCGACUUUAGCCAGAAUAAUACUACAUUAUUUACAUUUAUUGAAAGCACUUAUACAACACAUGAACAACUUAAUUAUAUCCUGCAUGAAGAAAGACAUAAUUCGCAAUUUUUCGAUCUUACUAAAGGUCUCGGCUUUCGAUGUCAUCUUGUUUACUACAAAUCAAUCUCUUCAGAUCAUCUUCUUUCUGAUAAAGAUGUAAUCAUCUUUAAUUUUCAUCAUGCUGUACUUGAUUAUCCAUCAAUGAAUAUAUUUCUUCAUGAACUCAAUCAAGCAUAUACAACAGGUCAAUUAUUAUAUGAUGGCAACACUAAUCUACGUUAUCUCGAUUAUGCUGUUAUCGAACAACAAAUGACAAUGACUGGUGCAAGUAUGUUUUGGCUUGAUGCUCUUCAUGGUUGUAAACUCGAUCAACCUUUAUCAUUACCAUAUGAUCGAUACCGGCUCUCAAAUGAACAUCGAACUGGUCGUGGAACAUCGAUUUCUUUUCAUUUUGGUCAAGAUCUCUCACAUGACUUUCUUACUCAUGCAUCAUCAAAUAAUAUAUCACUUCAACAUCUCACAUUUGCUAUUUAUUUCAUCUUUCUAUUCAAAUUAAGUAAUGGACAAACAGAUUUAUGUCUUGCUAUGAACAUCAAUAAUAAUCGAUAUAGAGAUGAACUCAAAUCAAUCAUUGGGCUGUUUGAGAAUGUCAUUCCAUUACGAUGUCAAUUAGAUCCUCAAUGGUGUUUUCAUCAAUUGCUUGAACAUUUUCAAGAGAUAACAACAAAUGGUACAAAAUAUUCAUAUUUUCCACUUCAACGUAUUCUUGAUCGACAUCCACAUAUUUUCAAACAUGCAUUUCUGGAUACAUCUGUAGAAUUUAUAUCAUCUGAGAGUAACAAUGACAACAAUGCAAUAAUGAUUGGUGAUACUCAACUUGUUCCAGGACCUUUUCCAGUCAAGAUUAACGAAGAUGAGAUGUUAAGUACAGCCGAUUUCUCUCUUUCUAUUUAUCAUGAUAUGAAUAUGAAUCAACUAUCAUGCACGAUCAAUGCAUCACUUGACUUAUUCAAUAGAGACACAGUGGAGAAGAUUUCACAACGAUUUCAUUUCAUCUUAAAUCAAUUAUCUGCAUCUAUGAUUGAUAGUCGAAUAAACAAACCUGCCUAUGAAGUAUCAUUAACAUUAUCAAAUGAACAAUAUCUAAUGCAAUCAUUGAAUAACACACAAGUAUCGUUUUCAUCUCCUCGCACUUGUAUUCAUCAUGAAUUUGCUUAUCAAGUAAUGAAACAUCCACAAAAGCUAGCUGUUGAACUUGAUGAACAAUCAUUAACAUAUUCUGAACUCUUGUAUUAUGUACAAGUUUUAUCUUUCACUCUUCUUAAUGAAUAUCAUGUGUUUCCAGGUGAGGUCGUAUGUCAAUGUGUUGAGCGAAGUUUGUCAAUGGUGAUUGGUAUUAUGGGGAUUGAAAUGGCUGGUGGUGUUUAUUGUCCAUUAUCACCUCGAGAUCCACAACACCGUUUACAUACUCUCAUACAAGAGACUUCAGGUCGUCUUGUCGUUGUUCAUCAUUUAACUAAGACCAAUUUUUCGCAUAAUAUUGUGUUAUUUGAUAUUGAUUUAGUUCUAACUGACACAAAGGCGGACUAUAUAAUUCAUGUCGAUGAGUUGUCAAAUGUGUUAGUAGCUCCGGACACUAUAGCCUACAUCAUCUUCACAAGUGGCUCAACAGGAACACCGAAAGCGGCUCAAGUUUGGCAUCAAAGUUUCAUUCAGUUGAUGCGUUCGUUAUGGAACUUAUACGGUCCAGCCGAAACAACUAUAGUUUCUACCUCUCAUAAAGUACAUGUUAUAACUGAUGUACGUAAUAUCUCAAUUGGUACACCACUUUCGAAUUGUCGAUGUAUGAUUAUGAAUCAACAUUUACAAUUAUCUGCCGUCGGUCAAGAAGGUGAACUGUGUAUAGGAGGAGUGGGUGUAUUUGCUGGUUAUCUUCGACGUGAUGAUUUGACAGCAAAAGCUCUUGUUGAAAUAGAUGGUGAAUUAUUUUAUCAAACAGGUGAUCUUGUUACAAUGGAUAACAAUGGACUUCUUUAUUAUCAAGGAAGAAAAGAUCAUCAAAUCAAACUUCAUGGACAACGAAUUGAACUUGGUGAAAUCGAACGAUGUUUACUUAACAUUGCAUCCAUCUCUGCUUGUGUUGUCAUGAAAUGGAACGAUGAUUAUUUAGCCGCUUAUGUUCAAUCUUCUUCUCAUAUGAAUGAAGAAGAACUACGUGAACAUUGUCAAUCUCAUCUUCCACCACAUAUGAUUCCAUCCAUAUUUAUUAUACUUGAUAAAUUACCUUUGAAUCCAAAUGGAAAAAUUGAUCGAAAACUUCUACCGCCUCCUGAUUUUUCAUCGUCAACUUAUGCUCGUGAUGACAAUCUUUCGCACACUGCUUUAGAAGAACAGUUACAAGAUAUAUUUAGUCAAGCUUUCCAUAUUGAAUCUCCUCAUGUUGAAGUUGCUUUCGGUCAACUUGGUGGAACGUCACUGGGUGCUAUUCUUGCACUGACACUGAUUCGUCGGAAGAUUUGUAAUAAAGUUGACAUUGGUCUUUUGCUUAAUAAUCCAUCUAUUCGACGAUUGGCUCAAGCUAUAGAACCUUUACUGGUUCUCGAAGAACGACAAGAGGCAGCUUCUACAGUCAAUAAAAUUCAUGAAACACAUGAUCGUCUCGCACCUUCAUUAGUCAUCGAAUCUUUAGGUAUAGUACUUCUUGUUUGUCAGUGGUUGUGUCCAAUCAUGAUAAUUUGUCAAUGGUGUCCUCUUUUUCUUCCUAUCUUACCAAUAUGUCAUCUUCUAUUCUAUGUCAUUUGCUCACAUCUACUAUCAUCGCGAAAUAUCAAAGAAGGCAAUGUGUUCUCUUGGAACUAUUAUCGUUGGUGGUUUUUAGAUCGACUAUGGAAUAAUAAUACAUUUUGGCUACAACAUAUACUUGGUACACCUUUGUACAAUUACUAUCUUCGUCUUUGUGGUGCUCGAGUUAGUCUUACUGCACAUAUUUAUACCGUUACUAUUGAUGCUCCAUGGUUAUUAUAUAUUAGUGAGGGAACUUGGAUUGCUGAUAAAACGACUCUAAACUCUUUAUAUUACAAUGAUAAUAACACUUUUGCACUACACUCAAUUAAAAUUGGUUGCUAUUGUUCAAUUAGUGUCCGUUCGAUUCUGUUUGGUGGAGUUAAUAUGCAAGAUAAUAUUAUUGUUCAGCCUAAUUCAUCACUCACUGGUUUCAUCGCAUCUCGAACGAUUAUUGAUGGCGACGAACAUAAAACGGUUCCAUCAAACAUUUCAAUCACAUAUAAUAACCGAUCAUUAUCAAUAUGGCACAAGAUCUAUCAAGUCAUUACAAUCAUCUCAGUAAUCUGUAUUCAUUGUACACUUUUAGCCAUUGUCUACAAAGUUUAUGCAGUUGAACAGAUACCACUAUCUAUUAGUAUUGCUUUUUGCUGGACUUCAUGGUCAAUUAUUGCCUGUUUUCUCACUCUCUUUCUGUUAAAAUUCGUAGUUGGUUCUUGUGCUGCUGGUGACACAUACCCAAUUGCAUCAUGGUCAUAUUUACAUAAGGUGUGGCUUCGUCAAUUAAUUGUUUUUAGUUUUCAUCAUGGAUGGUUACUACCAAGUAAAUAUCAUUAUCUUUAUCCUUUUAUUCUCCGUUGGCUAGGUGCUCAAGUUGAAGAUGAUGUCAAACUCGCUAAUAUAGACAUCUUCUUAUCCUAUCCAACAAAUUUAUUAAAACUCGAAAGAGAAGUCACUAGUUUUGGUUACGUUUUAUUAGUUCCUACUGAGAUGACACUUGAGGGUGACCAUCGUGUAGAUUGGAUAACGCUAGGAUCUCAUACAAACCUUGCAAACGGAUGUUCAAUUUUGCCGGGAAGUCAUCUUGCAUCUCAUACUAUGGUUGGCAGUUUAACGCGUAUCACUCGAGAAACGAAUAGCAACAAUGGAGAUAUUUUCAUUGGUGUUCCAGCUCGUGCUAUGCCAUUUCAAAUGCCCAUUAGAGAAGCAAUAGAAGAUCAAAUUAAAACUAUUCCAUUUUGGAAGACAUGUUUUUCACAUUAUAUUAGCAAAUGUCUUCUCAUAGGCAUCUAUUGGUCAUGUGGUCUUGUUGGUGGACCAAUCCUUCAUACAAUAAUUAGUUACAGUCUGUAUCAAUGGCAUUUUUAUGAAGACAGUGAAACAAUCCAACAGAUAAAAGAAAAACUACAAGAAGAUCAUCGAAUUUUUAUUUGUUCAUUCCUUGGCAAUACACAAUGGUUGAUUCGGUUAUUUCGAGCAUAUGGUGCGAACAUCGGCAACAAUGUCAUCGUACCUGAUAUUUUGUCUCUCCCUGAUUAUAAUUUGGUGACUAUUGGAGAUAAUGUUCGACUUAAUAUGAAUGCUCUUAUUAUGUGUCACAGUUUCGAACAGCGUACUCUAAAACUAGCUCCUGUUACAGUAGGUAACUCGUGCGUUCUUAUGAGUGGCUCAAUUGUAAUGUCGGGCUGUAAAUUAAUGGGUAACAAUCGACUUUAUCCUUUUACACUCGUAAUGAAAAAUGAUUUAUUGGAAUCAAACACACAAUGGAAAGGACUUCCUGCACAAUCUUAUGUAGCAAAACCAGAAUUAUCUGGAUCUGCACCCGUUUGUGAUGAUAUCGUCAAAUGUCAACAGAAAUCUAAGAACUUUGAUCGACUGUCUUUGUGGUAUGAGCAAAUUUCGAAUGUCUAUACGAAUGUCAAUGAACUACAAUUUACGAAUUGGGGUUAUGCAGAUUUGGACGAACAUACUGAUGACAAUACUGGCUACUAUUCGAAGAAACUUUAUCAGCAACUUCUUGCUAAUGUAACACUUACAGAUCAAAAUAUACUCGAAGUGGGUUGUGGUAGAGGUGCUGGUGCUGCGUGGUGUGUUCGUACAUAUAUUCCUCGUUCUUAUGUUGGAAUAGAUUUUUCUCGAAAUGUCAUUAACCUAUGUGAACAAUGUUAUACAACAAUUCCUCGACUCUCAUUUAUGAUAGCUGAUUCAAAAACUCAUUUACCAUUUCAAAAUGAGUCAAUGGAUGUUGUUCUUUCGAUUGAAACAACAAACAUUUUUGAUGAAAUAGUAGCAGCAAAGCAAUUUGUCGAUGAAGUUGUUCGUAUACUUACUCCUAAUGGAUACUUUCUCUGGUGUGGCUUGUGUAAUGUCGAUGGUUCACACGUAUUGAUUGAUUAUUUAACAACAAAUGAUGCAUUUAUAAUUAAAGAGAAGGUCAAUAUUACAAGAAAUGUUCUUCAUGCACUUGAUAUUCAAAAUAACUCACGUGUUGACUUUAUUGAGCGUUAUAUUCAACCUAUAGAUCACGAAUAUUGUCGUCUAUUCGCUGGAUUACCUGGUACUCAACUAUAUGAUAAUAUGCAACAAGGACGAGCAGAAUAUUGGCGAGUUGUAUUCUGCAAAAACAUAACGACAGAUAUAUCUCUCAUCUGA